AUGCCGACAAUACUUAAACAGACAUCCAAGCAAGCAAAGGCCGAAUACCGCAAGAACGGUGGUCGUCCUUCCGAGAGCCAGAAUCGACGUCUGGAGAGCCACGCCGCUAAAGAUCGAAAAGCCGAGGAACUGAAAAAGAAAGAGAAAAAGAAGAAGGAGGCCAAGAAGCGGAGAGAGGAGAAGGAGCGGAAGGAGAAGGAGGCUCUCCGCGCAAACGGCAUUGGAUACGCCACCCAGGCCUGCGGCUAUAAGUUCACCCAGCACCGCCAGAAAGACUGGUUCCGAAGUUAUCUUCAAAAGGCUCAGCCGAAGCCGGCGCCCGAGCUCAAGCCUGAGCCCGAAGACGCAAACCCCUUCAGAUCUUCCCAGCUUUCGCAGCUCGAGGCCGCCGAAGAGCAGUGUGGCCAGCCUGAUGAUGCUGUUUGCAAUGACGCAAGCGAAGACGACUUACCUGACGAUGAUAUCCGCAAUGAGGUUAACGAGGUCGAUGAUGCCGACAAGGAAGAUCAGAACUGCCAAAUCGCUCUCUCACCGGAGCCUACCCCCCGCAACUCAACGAGUCACACCCAUAACCCAGAGGAUGAGAACCAUGUUGAUGGACUCUCCGACACGUUCACCCAAGCAAUCAAAAAUUCCGAGUCGGUGUUCAAUGCCGCUUUCGGCAGCGACGACGAUUCUCUUAAUCCCUGGAGUACUGACGACAUUGACGAGGAAGCACUGAUGGCUGCCGUUCAAGGUCAGACGCCGACUUCGAAGGCCUCGAUCGCAGCUCCGGCUGAAGAGGUUGACGAUUUACCGUCAAUGGAUGCGGAGCUAGUUGACAAGCUGGCUUCAGGCUCGGACUUACAAGUCGCCCGAGACCCUACUACAUCCGCGAAUUGUCAGCCGUGCGCCACUUCCUCUGAUUCAUUUUUCUCUUCGGAGUUGGAUCUCUCGGCUGAGGAUCUUGCGGCCAUCGAUGCGAUGGUCCCAGAAGCACAACCUACGCCUUCGAAAGUCCGUGCCCCCACCCAGCAGCAUUUUCCUUCGGUGGCGCCGCAGCCAAAAACACUGAACAGUGCCAAUACGGCGCACCCGACUCUCGACUUGCUGUCGACGACAUCUGCAAAGCAGGCCCAGAAGAGAAAGGCGGAUGUUUUAGAUAACCACGAACUCUCUUCCCCGACGCAACGCGUGGAGCUCACUGCUAAGGGGAUGUCUGCUGAUAGCGGCAUGCUUCCGCCGCAGAAGCCGGAUACUUCUAGAGUCAACCAUACGUCCGCCACUGGCCCUUACGAGUCAAGGUUCGCCGCCUACGGCCUUUCAACGCAGCUCAUUCACGAAGCUGCAUUCGAGGACGACGACUUCUAA